AAAAUAAACAGACUAAAAGACGAGCUUCCAGGGAAGCUCAGAAGAAAUAAAGGAGGUAGACGAAGCAGGCAAGAGCUAAAAAUUAGAUUCAAUAAAGAUUUUGUAUCUUCAAUCUCAGCGAUGUAUCUUCCUCCUUUAGACCCCUCAUCAUCAAUUCCCUCCUCUUCCUCUGAGCCACCAAAGCCGAGGAUGAUGAUACAGAGAUGCGAAAAUGGUCUUAAGCUGAGGAAGCUGAAUGAUUAUGUUGAAGAAGGCAAGGCUUUACAGAUCGAGUCAAACAUCGUGCAUGCACAGGAGAAUAAGCUUGUACUCUCCCAACCACCAAGAGCAGGUUUAGUGCCUCAUACAACAAAUCCCAUAUCUGAAGGGACUCAGAAAGUGUCAGCCAAAGAACAGUUGUAUAAAUUAUGUGGUGUGAGACAUUGGAAAGCACCAGUGUAUGAGUGUGAUGGCCCUUGCGAUAUGAAAUUAUUUACAGUCAAAGCUACGGUUGAAAUCAAAGUGGAUUCUGGUAUAACAGUUCUGGAGUGUUUCGGGGAACCACAUAACAAGAAGAAAAUCGCAUCUGAGCAAGCAGCAGAAGCAGCGUUAUGGUUUCUUAAGAAUGUGGGUCUUACCCUUCAGACAGAGGAAGCUUCUGGUCGUCGAAGGAAGACAAAACCGCUUCAGUAGAUGACGGUAAUAGGAGAACCUGUGUAAUGAUCUUUGCCAGUUAGAAUCCGUUAACAUGACCAAAUAGUGUAGUUUUGUUCAUGUUUAUUGGCCUGGAGGAUUAGCAUUUGAUAGAAGCUUUACCUAGGGAGCUCAUAAGGGUAGCUUCUAUAACAAAAUGUACAUCUCUUAUAUGAAUAUGUUGGAAUGUAUCAGAAGUUGUGUUCUAGGAUCUUCUUUUCUGUAACAUUAGCUGUAUAUGUAAAUGUAAACAAUAAGUUAUAUAUGGUUAUCAUCUCUCACACUGGUUAGUGAUUUCUCACUAUAUCAGUCAGUAAA